AUGCAUGAGGUCGUCACCUUACAGCUAGGCCAGCGUGCCAACUAUCUGUCAACACAUUUCUGGAAUCUUCAGGAAUCAUAUUUCACAUACAAUGAGAGCGAAGAAACUCCCAUUGACCAUGAUGUUCAUUUCCGACCUGGUGUGGGAGCUGAUGGCUCAGAAACCUACACUCCUCGAACUGUCAUCUAUGAUCUAAAAGGCGGGUUUGGCACUCUCCGGCAAUACAAUGCGCUUUAUGAAAUGUCCGAGAACGCCGUGAGCGGACAGGGCCUUUGGGAUGGACUAGAAGUUGUGCAAAGGCAAACUCCUAUUCAACCGAGUGAAUAUCAAAAAAGUUUAGAUUUGGGCACUCCUACACCCCGACUAACAUCUGACACCGUGCGCUACUGGUCUGACUACAACAGAGUCUUUUACCAUCCGCGAUCCAUUGUGCAGCUGAAUGAGUACGAGCUCAAUUCCCAGAUCAUGCCUUUUGAGGACUGGAAUGCCGGCGAAGAACUCUUUAAUGAUCUUGAUAAGGAACACGAUCUCCUUGACCGAGACGUCAGACCGUUUGCAGAAGAGUGUGAUCAAAUGCGAGCAAUCCAGAUAUUCUCUGGGGCCGAUGAUGCUUGGGGUGGCUUUGCAGCACGGUAUAUCGACCGCUUGCGGGAUGAGUAUGGAAAGAAGAGCGUAUGGGUGUGGGCCAUCGAGGAUGGCACCCGAGUUCAACGGCAUCAACAAAUGAAAAAGGAUGUGAACAAGGCCAAAUCGCUGUACUCGAUCUCGCCACAGGCCAGUCUUUAUGUACCGAUCGUUGAUAUUCCAUCGAGACUUCCAAGCUACAUCAAUGUAGACCGACACUCCCAGUGGCAGACCACCGCCCUAAUUAGCGCAGCUCUUGAGACUAUCACCCUGCCGUCCCGUCUACGGCCAUACCAUGACUUUGAAGCCUCCCUAGCUGGCGAUGACGGAAGACACACAAUUUAUGAGCUGCAGUGUUCCAUAAACCCACAGGAUCGAGAUGACAAAUCACCAACAGAGGAAGAGGGAAGACCCAAGGCCCAAUCUGAGUUCGACAUUGACUUCAGCUACGGAGACGGUGAUGACAAAAAUGCGCAUAUUUUCAACCAGGUCCAGGUGACUCGCGGACACGAGCGUGGAAAUUCUACAGAACCAAAACAAGAGGAGCUUGGUCACAUUCGUAAACUUCGAUUGUACAAUUCCGAAGCUAUGCUUCAAAGCUAUCAUACUCCGCUUCGCAUGCCCAUGCUUGAUAGUUUCCCGCACGAUCUCUACCCAACAUUCAAGUCCAACGAAGGUCUCAGCGUCUUUGCCGCAUUGACCUCUUCAACCCGGACAGCACAAAGAAUUAAGUCUAUCGAGGCCACCACUGCCCGUAUGCUAUCCGUCGACGAGCGGGAGAAUAUGAUGAAUGGAUUGGGCGAGAUCAGGGAAGUCUAUGAGACUGGUUGGGAUAGUGGAUCCGAUGAUGAUUCUGAUUAG